GGCAGUAAGACGCAGUGAAGCAAACUUUUGUUGUCCUUGUAUAAUUGUCGCUAAAGACAUAUCAACUAGGUGACCUGCCAAGGACCUGCUAGGCCUAUUCACAGUCCAAGCGUUACCUUAAUAACAAUUACUGAGCACACUUAUAGGAGUUCUACUGGAAAUUGAGGUAGCGGGCUCGCUUGCUGGGCGCUAGCUACAAGAAUGGGUUCCUCGCAAUCCAGCGAACGAGCGAGGCGUCAAAGACCUGCGCAACCUGCCCCACCACCUCCACCUGUGUAUAGCAAUUUACCACCAUAUGCUCCCCCUCCAGUCUAUCCGACAGCGCCGGGGCAGUUUCCCCCGCCGCAAGUACCACCACCACCAGGACCUUACUUUGGGAACAAUCAGCUACCGCCGCAGCCGUACCAGGUCAUAUACCGGCCUCCCCCACCAGUACCGGUGCAGCCGCCUCACUACCUGCAACAGCAGUUCGGGCAACCGCCUCGGCCGGUGCAAACCCAAGAAUGCCAGACUACAGCCACCAUCCGCAAUCAGGUCAACUUGAAUAAGCAGACGCUGGCGCUACAACCUACGUCACAGCCUGGGGUUUACAACAUAAGCUUCAAGUUCGAUGCGUCCGCGCCUUGCCGCGUGACGACCUUCGUCUGUGCACGCGAAGAUGUGCGCAGGUCAUGUAAGAUUACUUCGCCAAGUCCACCUGCACCGGCUGUCAGCUAUCCGAAAGGGCUUUCCCACGCCUUCCCCAGCCCCUCCGCUGCAACCUCCUCCGCGCACGUGGUUAACACCAUGCAAUUUCCCGCGCGCGACCUCACCACCCCCUCCAACGAGUCCUACCCCGUCAUCAUCCGCCUCGAAUCCCUGUACGAAGACGCAGCGGCGGCGGGAACAGCAGCAGCACCGGGCUCGGGGCCCUCCUCCGCGGGUCGCUCCCUGGAGUCUCUGGAGGUGGGGUGCGAGCUGCCGUCCUGGGUGCAGGCGCAGACCACCUACGCGCAGCUGGUGAAGGAGGACGACGGCGCGUGGGGGCUGCGGGUGAUCAAGCAGAAGAUCUGGGUCAAGGGGGUGGCGUACGAGUUGAAGGAGAUCUACGGCAUGGAGGCUGGCAAGCCGAGCGGCAACGCCGACGAGAGCUUUGAGGACGUGGACGGCAACGAGUGCGUCAUCUGCAUGAGUGCGCCGCGCGACACCACCGCGCUGCCCUGCCGCCACAUGUGCAUGUGCCACGGCUGCGCCAGCGCGCUCAAGACGCAGACCAACAAGUGCCCCAUCUGCCGUAACGAAAUCGAGUCGUUGCUGCAUAUUAAGAUAAAAAAUAACCACGUAGCACCGGCGGCGGCUGGAAGCCAGGCGCCUGCUUAGGAGAAUGGCGAGGGGCGUGGUGGCGGUUGCAAGCAAGGGUUUCUUUUGGGUUGACGGCGUGAGGCCCGAGGCUUGGAGCUUGUACGGUUGUCUUUACGGGUUCAGGAGCUGGAUAUUUUUCUUAAGCGCAUUGUUGUUGCCGUCGAGUUUGAUUUGCUACUGAUAGCAAGGAAUAAGGUAGUGGGGGCAGAGGAUGAGGUUCGGCUUCAGGCGUAGAUAGUACUUGCUGCCAGAAGAGAGGCAGGGAAUAAAGGGGUUGGGUUUCGGGUGGAAGAGGUCGCUUGGUAGGUCAGCAUACUUCGCGUUAGCAUACUUGCCGACAGAGAGCACUAGCAGGAUUCCCGUUUUGGUUUGGCUGUUAGUGUCAGCGGUUGCCAAGGAUAUGCGCCUGAGACGCAUUGCUACCGCGCACGGUGUUUGUGGUCGCCGUGCUUCAGUCCACAUGAUUACAGUUGCCGUACGCAAGGACAGUAUACCUUUCCAUUGAUUUUGCUGACUGAAUGCGUAUUACCUUACAUAAAGAGGAACUCACGCGGCGUUAGGCGUGUCACGUGUGGGGGUGUUCUACUCCAGCAUUACCCUAGUCAAGAGCUUACAAGUGAACGGAAUUGCGACUGCCCUGGAUGAUACACAACACGCUGUAAAGCGGGAAUUCUGCUAAUUGAGGCCAAUUGAGGGGUGCACAACUGAGG